CUUCCUUCAGCUUCACUCCUCCUUCACCCCAUCUCCAUUGAUGCUAAUUAGCCCUGUUCUGCAUUCUUCAUUGUCUCUUCCCCAUACCUUGCUGCUUAUCCACCCGCCCCAUCCAUUCAAGCCUCACAUAUUCGCAUCAAAGCACAUCACGUGAAUCCCACCACUGAGCUGUCAAUUCAAUCGAAAGAGGAAAGCAUAGCUGAGAUCUUCGGCUCCAUUGCGGGAGCAAUGGAACACACAGUACUUGUAGAUUCUGAUAGCUCAUCAGAUACCGAUGACCAAACCAAGGUCUGGGAGUCCGAUCCUCGCUCCGUGACGGCUCAUCUCGCUCAUGACUCAGCCCACGCGGCAUUGCCGGCGGAGUGUGGCAUCGGCCACCGCGUCCAAGCCAGUCGAUCCGUCCUAGCCCUGGUUUUGGACAAUGAAUGCGUCUUUGCUGGACUUCAGGGCGGAGACAUUGUCGCAUGGUCUUUGGAAACAUACGAUCUCGUCCUUUCGGUACAUGCCCAUCAAGAGAGCGUAUUAGAUCUAUUCCUUUCUGAGGAUGGAGAGCUUCUGUUCUCCAGCGGGGGUGAUUCAAUCGUCAAUGUUUGGUCCACGAGGACCUUCGACCGCCUUUACUCCAUACAUUCCCACCAUGACGUUGGUGACAUUUUUGCUGUGGCCUAUUCGUCUACUCGGAAGACCAUCUACUGUGGUGGUCAGAAUACCAGCAUUCAGUGGUGUGAUAUAUCACAAACGGAUGCGGCUUCGACGCAACGCUCGGCCGCUCAAUUGUCCCGACGGACGCACAGAUUCUUCGAUUCCAAAGGCCCUGAUGGUUCCCGUGCUCCCAGAUCGGACCCGGGUGCAGAUGGCGUACACCCGGGCGGCCAAGUUCUCACCUUCAAGCGGGAUCAUCACCGCUUAUUUUCUCACCAUGGCUAUAUCUACACCAUGCUACUGGUGAGAGGGCUAAUUGAACAAGCACCCACUGAGGAGGUGCUUCUGACCGGUGCGGGCGACGGAGUUGUGAAACUCUGGCGCUUGGAUCAAGCCAAGGACAAUGCUGUCCCUUCGCAGAUUGCGAAGCUCCAGAACGGAGAUCCGGUGCUCUCAAUCGCUGUCGAGGGCUCAUUCCUCUACUGUGGUUUGGCAGGGGGCGCCUUGAAUAUCUGGAACCUGGACUCCCAUCAACUGGUGAAGAGGAUUUCGAUGCACACAGGUGACCUAUGGGCUGUUGAUAUCAUUCAUGGUGUUGCAGUGUGCGGAGACUCCAACGGUGUCAUUAAGAAGUUCAAUUCCCGGUUCGAGGAAAUCGGUAGCUGGGUGGCCCACGGAGGCACCAUGUUGGCAUCCUCAGCCGGUCGCUUCAAAGAUCGGUACAUCUACGCCAGUGGAGGAAAUGAUAACACUGUCGGUAUAUGGGAUUUGACCGAUGUGUCUCGAGCGCAACCUGAGCAGCCUCGCAUUAACAACGAUGAGAUGGUCAACUGCCUAGCCAAAUUCGUCGCAUACAAGACGGUCUCUUCUAGUCCGAAAUUUGCUGGUGAAUGCAACCAAGGUGCUGCAUUCCUACGCCGACACUGCAUUUACCUAGGUGCCAAAACGAAUCUGCUGACUACUGGGGCGGAUACGAAUCCGAUCGUGCAUGCGCGGUUCAACGCCACAGCCCCGAAUAAGGUGGACAAGACGAUUCUGUUCUAUGGACAUUACGAUGUUGUUGGAGCGGAUGCCAACAGGGAUAAGUGGAAUACUGAUCCAUAUCAACUGACCUCCAUUGAUGGCUUUUUGUACGGACGUGGCGUGACGGAUAACAAAGGGCCUAUUUUAGCAGCCCUGUAUGCCGCGGCUGACCUUGCGCGGAGAAAGGAGCUUCGUUGCAAUGUCGUCUUCCUUAUCGAAGGUGAGGAAGAGUCUGGAUCGCAGAACUUUCAUGAAACGGUUCGUACACACAAGUCCCAAAUUGGUCCGGUAGAUUGGAUUCUGCUUGCCAACAGUUAUUGGCUGGAUGACCACAACCCAUGCCUGACUUAUGGCUUGCGUGGCGUUGUUCAUGCCAACCUUAUCGUGACCAGUGAUCAUCCUGAUCUUCACAGUGGUAUUGAUGGAAGUGCACUGCUUGAUGAGCCUUUGAAAGACCUCACCAUGCUUCUGGGCACUUUGGUCGGUCGCAAGGGUCGAAUCAACCUCCCCGGAUUCCAAGAGCCGGUCCUCCCGCUCACCGACGCGGAAAAGCAACGCUAUGCCGCGAUCUCUGACGUUCUUCUGCCUCAUCAUCCCGAAAUUGCGGAUAGUGAUGCGCUGAUCAAGUCGCUCAUGCACCGUUGGAGGGAGCCGUCCCUCACAAUCCAUGCAGUCGAGGUACCUGGAAGCAGUAAAAGCGCAACCACGACAAUCUCCCGCAAAGCCAAGGCUAGCCUUUCGAUUCGACUGGUGCCGAACCAAGAGGCAGAUGAGGUGGCCACGAACCUGACUCUGUUUGUGCAAGAGCAGUUUGAUCGAUUGGAAUCGCAGAACGAUCUGACCGUCGAGAUCACGGGCAAAUCGGACCCGUGGCUGGGAGAUCCCGACAAUGAAAUCUUCGAGACCUUGGCUGAAGCAAUCACCGCUGCCUGGUCACCAACAAACAAGCCCCAGAGAUAUGCAUACCCUCCCAUUCAACGGGAGGCGUCAGAGUCAACAACUCCUAAGCCGUCGAAGGAGCGGCCCAGCCUUCAGCGCAAGGACUCCGGCGAUAGUCUGGCCUCUCACAUUGACCGGAUCAUCAUGUCGACAACGACUUCCUCGGCGGAGAAAACGGCUCGUCAGCGAUCAUCCUUGAGCACGACGGUGCCAACAUCUUCGACGCUGGCCAGCAAGUCGGGGGCAUCUGUCACCGAUGAGCCUGCCGGCACAUCAACCCCCGAGGCUACCGGGAAGAAAACGUCCAGUUCGGAGGCGGGAGGACGGUCUGGUUCCAGCGUGCGGCCCAUCUAUAUCCGCGAGGGUGGAUCAAUCCCGACGAUACGUUUCUUGGAGAAGGAGUUCUCUGCGCCGGCGGCGAACCUGCCGUGUGGACAGGCCAGUGAUAACGCCCAUUUGUACAACGAACGGUUGCGGGUGGAGAAUCUGUACAAGAGUCGAGAAAUUUUCGGGUAUGUAUUUUCGAAACUGCCAGAGCGGCUGUGAAUAGUUAGCUGGGAAGAGCUGGGAUAGAUGUGGCUGGUGAUGGCUGGACGAGGAGUAUUAUAAUGAUAUGUUAAUGGGGAUUGAGAUGGCGUUUGCAUAUAAGCCUGGCUGUUAUUGUCCACUAAGGUUCCACAAUCAUAAUGAGCAUGCUUUGCUUUGGCG